AUGGGAGAACGGAGGCAAAUUUUUGAACUCCACUCCCUACAAUUUGAUCUGCCAACAAUAGAAGCCGCCAAAAAUGAGUUCUCGAACAACAACAAGUUAGGGGAAGGUGGAUUUGGUCCAGUUUACAAGGGUACACUACCUGGUGGUCAAGAAAUUGCGGCAAAGAGGCUAUCUAGGAGCUCUGGACAAGGAGUGGAGGAAUUCAAGACCGAGGUUGAACUAGUAGCCAAACUUCAACACAAAAACCUAGUGAGGCUUCUGGGAUUCUCCAUGGAAAGCAACGAAACAAUAGUGGUCUAUGAAUAUGUGCCCAAAGGGAGCCUCGAUCGCUUGUUAUUUGGUUUGCCUCUCUUUUAUCUCCUUUUCACCAAGUUAACACACCAGCAUUUCAGUCUAAAUGAUAUAUUUCACUCAGAGAAAAUGAGAAGUAAAUAUUAUUCAAGCUAA